UUCCGUUCCCAGAGUCCAAGCUCCUGGGGCUCGCCCACUGGUUGUCAGUAAACCUCUAGGAGUUUGAGAGCAUGGAGGUAGCGCGCCCUCCCUCGACGACGGGGAAGUUUGUGGUGGUCGGCGGUGGCAUCGCGGGUGUCACCUGUGCUGAGCAGUUGGCUAUUCAGUUUCCUUCAGAAGAUAUUCUCCUGGUAACAGCUUCUCCUGUUAUUAAAGCGGUUACAAAUUUCAAGCAGGUUUCUAAAGUAUUGGAGGAGUUUGAUGUUGAAGAGCAACCGAAAACCAUGUUAGAAAAUCGCUUUCCCAACAUUAAGAUUAUAGAAUCCGGAGUAAAACAACUAAAGAGUAAAGAACACUGCAUUUUAACAGGAGAUGGCAGUCAGCAUGUGUAUAAGAAACUCUGUUUGUGUGCUGGAGCUAAACCAAAGUUGAUAUGUGAAGGAAAUCCUUACGUAUUAGGAAUCCGUGAUACAGACAGUGCUCAGGAAUUUCAGAAACAGCUUACUAAGGCUAAAAGAAUAAUGAUCAUAGGGAAUGGCGGCAUUGCACUUGAACUGGUGUAUGAAAUUGAAGGCUGUGAAAUCAUUUGGGCCAUUAAAGAUAAAGCCAUUGGGAAUACUUUCUUCGACGCAGGAGCAGCAGAAUUCUUGACUUCAAAACUCAUUGCUGAAAAACCAGAGGCUAUAAUUGCACAUAAAAGAACUAGGUAUACAACUGAAGGAAGAAAACAAACCAAAACUGGUGCUGGUAAUAUGGGCAGUGCCUUGGGACCUGAUUGGCAUGAAGGCUUGCAUCUUAAAGGUACAAAAGAGUUUUCUCAUAAGAUUCAUAUUGAAACUAUGUGUGAAGUAAAGAAAAUCUACCUUCAGGAAGAAUUUAGAAUUUCUAAGAAAAAGUCCUUGCCUUUUCCCAGAGACCAUUCUAAUCAGUCAGUGACAACUGAUAAAGAAAUAUGGCCUGUAUAUGUGGAAUUGACUAAUGAAAAGAUAUACGGCUGUGAUUUCAUUGUCAGUGCUACAGGAGUUACACCAAAUACAGAACCUUUCCUCUGUGGCAACAGUUUUGAUCUAGGAGAAGACGGAGGCCUGAAAGUGGAUGCUCACAUGCACACGUCUCUCUCUGAUGUCUAUGCUGCGGGUGACAUCUGCACCGCAUCCUGGAGGCCCAGCCCGGUGUGGCAGCAGAUGAGGCUGUGGACGCAGGCUAGACAGAUGGGAUGGUAUGCAGCGAAGUGCAUGGCUGCAGCUAGUUUAGGAGAAUCUACUGACAUGGACUUCAGCUUUGAACUUUUUGCUCAUGUAACAAAAUUUUUUAACUAUAAGGUUGUACUGCUGGGAAAAUACAACGCACAGGGCUUAGGUUCAGAUCAUGAAUUAAUGCUGAGAUGUACCAAAGGACAAGAAUACAUCAAAGUUGUCAUGCAGAAUGGGCGAAUGAUGGGAGCUGUCUUAAUUGGUGAAACUGACUUAGAAGAAACAUUUGAAAACUUAAUUUUAAAUCAGACCGAUCUUUCAUCAUAUGGAGAAGAUCUGCUAGAUCCAAAUAUUGAUUUAGAAGAUUAUUUUGACUAAAAAAGGCAUUUCAAGAACUACAUAAAGUUCCAAAAAACACAAAGUCACAAUAAGGUAAAUGCACUGAUUAAAUGAAGAAUACAGAAGUGAUAAUGAUUUCAGUGGGAAAAUGUAUGGAAAUUAUUUGAACUUUACAACACAAAACUGACCACUUAUAUAAAUGUAAGGAUUUAAGUUACUCAUUUCUGAUUUAGCUAAGUUGUUAUCUACUUAGCCAACAACUUAGUCUGGCAUACCAGAGUCAUUCUGAUUGUGAAAUCUCAGAGAGGGUUAUGGUUUCAAAUUUAUAUUGAUACCUUAUUGUGUUUACGUUUGGAUUCUACAGGUGUUAUGAGCUGAAAUAACUCCCUGUCUAAUAAGCCUUUGUAAAAUAUUCCAUAUGAUAACUUUGCUAUCAAAUGUUGGUUAUAUCAAAAGAAAAUAAACAUAUCAAGGCAUAAGA